CUUCCCAUCUCUAUGAGAAAGCUAAUGUGAAGAAAAGAUGGGGAGGAGGAGACCAGAAGAAUAUGAGCUGAAUGAGGUGGAAGAUACCAUCACAGGCUCUGUUGGGAGCAGAAUGCGUCUGGUUUCCAGCGAGCUUGGACUCAGGAAGACUGCUUCCACCCUCUGCGCUCGUGGAGGCUUUGUCAUCGAUCCUAGAUCAAGAUUCUGCAACUGUUGGCAGCAGAUCAUUUUCUUAUGGUCCAUAUUCUCAUCCUUCUUCACACCCUUGGAGUUUUGCUUCUUCAGAGGCCUGCCAGACCAUCUAGUCAGUCUUGAAAGCGCACAGAUCAUCUUCCUAGUUGAUGUGGUCCUCCAGUUCUUCGUCGCCUACAAAGACCUUCAUUCCUACAACAUGGUGUAUAACAGAAAAAGCAUUGCCAUACGCUAUGCAAAGGGCAGUUUCUUGGUGGAUUUUCUGGGGUGUGUGCCAUGGGAUGCCAUCUACAAGGCCUCAGGGAGAAGGGAAGUGAUGAGAUAUAUGAUUUGGAUCAGACUGUAUCGAGCAAGAAAGGUGGCACAGUUCUUCAAGAGAAUGGAGAAGGAUGUGAGGAUCAAUUACCUGUUCACUAGGAUAGUGAAGCUGAUAACAGUGGAGCUGUACUGCACACACACGGCUGCCUGCAUCUUCUACUACUUGGCCACCACAUUGCCACCUGCAGAAGAGGGGUAUACAUGGAUUGGAAGCUUAACUAUGGGAGAUUACAAGUAUAUCAAUUUCAGAGAGAUUGAUUUUUGGACCAGAUAUAUCACUUCACUCUACUUUGCAAUUGUCACCAUGGCCACAGUUGGUUAUGGGGAUAUUCAUGCAGUUAACUUGAGGGAAAUGAUAUUUAUUAUGAUUUUUGUCUCUUUUGACAUGAUUCUUGGGGCAUAUUUGAUUGGUAAUAUGACAGCUCUGACUGUCAAAGGCUCCAAGACAGAGAGAUUUCGGGAUAAAAUGACUGAUCUUAUAAAAUAUAUGAAUCAGAACAAGCUCAAUAAAGAUAUUAGGUCACAGAUAAAAGAUCAUCUGAGUCUACAGUAUGAGAAUACCUAUACUAAAGCUAGUGUUCUUGAUGAUAUUCCCAUAGCUCUCCGAUCAAAGAUUUCUGAGAAUUUAUAUAUCGAGAUGGUCCAGAAAGUUCCGCUUUUCAAAGGAUGUUGUGAUGAGUUCUUAAAGCAGAUAGUUAUGAAGCUGAAUGAAGAAUUUUUUCUUCCUGGUGAAGUGAUCCUUGAACAAAGCAGUGCUGUGGAUCAAGUUUAUAUUGUAUCUCAUGGACGUCUGGAAGAGGUUGCUAUUGGAGAAAAUGGAUCAGAAGAAUUGAUUGCAAAUCUUGAACCCUGCAGUAUAUUUGGUGAAGUUGCAGUCUUAUGCAAUAUUCCUCAGCCAUAUACAGUUCGUGUAUGUGAAUUAUGCAGACUUCUAAGAAUUGAAAAACAAUCUUUGAAUGGUAUCUUGCAACUUUACUUCACAGACAGCCGCCAGAUUCUGAAUAAUCUCCUAAAGGGUAAGGAUACAGAUUUGAGAAUUAAACAGCUGGAAUCCGAUAUUGCAUAUCUUAUUACAAAGCAGUACUCUGAGCUAGCAUUACGAGUAAAUAGUGCAGCUUAUCAUGGAGACUUGUAUCAUUUGAAGGACUUGAUCAAAUCCGGAGCAGAUCCUUGCAAAACUGAUUAUGAUGGACGAUGUGCACUUCACUUGGCUGCAGCAAAAGGUUAUGAAGAAAUUGUGAGGUUUCUCAUUCAACAUGGAGCCAACACUAACUGCAUAGAUAAUUUUGGAAAUUCACCUCUUUUUGAGGCUGUCAAGGCUGGGCAUGAUAGGACUGCUUUGCUUCUCAUCGAGGAUGGUGCAACCUUGAAUUUGGAAGAUGCUGGAUGGUACCUUUGUAAGGCUGUAAUGGGUAGCAACAUUGAUUUAUUAAAGCGUUUGUUGGAGAAUGGAGUUGACCCAAACUCCAGGAACUAUGACCUACGAACACCACUACAUUUUGCAGCAGCAGAAGGUUUGCACCUUGUGGCAAAUAUCUUGAUCAAAUUUGGAGCAGAUGUUCUAUCCAAAGACAGAUACAGAAGAACUCCUCUUGAUGAAGGCCGAGCAUGUGGGAGCAAGCCUUUAAUCAAAAUUUUGGAGCAGGCUAAAGAGGCUUGCUUGGCAAGACACAUGGUUGUUGAAAGGGCAUGACAAGGAACUGUGGGCAUUAGCCAAGCUACGGAAGAUUGAAAAUGGGGCAGAUGAAAACAAGUUUUUUCUUCUUCUGUUUUUUUCCAUACAUGUAUAGUUUUUAAGAGGACUUGAAUACAGCAGCGGCUAAACAAAAUUAUUGGCCACCUGUCAAUGUGUUUGUAGCAGCAUUGUUGUCAGGCUAUUGAACCUGGUGCCUGGACCUCUACGUUGUUGGAUGAUACUUCAUGUUUGUAACUUGAUUAUUCGUCUUCUUCAAACAUAAUACUUUUAUAGAAGUGGACUGGGUGUCACAUGUACUGAUUGUAACAGUUCUAUAUAUUUGUGCGCUCAUGGAUCUUCAGUGUGCAUGGCCAAUUAUUAUACAGAAAAUUUGACUUCAA